CUAGGUAGUGCCCUUGCGCUUCGUUUUGCACGUCUCGGCGGGGGCACUGCCGUGGCCCCAAAUAGGUAACCAGACUUAACAAUCAGUAAAUGAAACCUUCUCUGUUUAAGUCAAUGAAUAUAUCUUUUUGGAUCUUGACCAAAAAAAACACGCAAAAUCUAUGCACGAAAUGUCAUUGUUUCAUAGAUUAAUUUCAUCCAAAUUGUAUGUUUACGUGUAAUUACACAAUGUCCGUUACGUGUUCCUUAAGCGAGUCCAGCAGUGGCUGCUCUUCCGCCGACGUUCCUGCAGGACUCUUCCCGUUCGGGCUGCUCGACUCGAACGCUUUCCCAUUUUCAACCCAACCCAUUGUUUACUACGCCGAACUCCCUGAGCUCUACGGUAAGAAACAAAAAGGUCAAGAGAAAAAAAAUAAACGCAAUCACUUUGUAAAAGCUUUCCAUUGGUACAAGCGAGACCAUUGCGCUAGUAAAAAAACAGCGGUUGAAACAUUCGAUAUUGGGUUUGCAACAUGGCUUGACCAUAAAUAUCAACAGUAUCUUCGGGACAGGUCCAGGAAUGCUAGCUUUAAAUCUGAAGUCAGCAACGUUCAAACCCCGACGGUGAACCAGAACGUAGGGUCGUAUAAAUCAACCAAACCAAAGGGAUUAAGAAGAAUACUGAAAAGCCCUUGGAGAAAACGACAUGCUGUUGAUAACACUCUCGAGGAAGGACACUGCUGCACAGAAUGUAAGGAAAGUUGGCAGACUAUAUUGAGACCCAAAUCGCUGAGUCGGUUCGAGUCGGAGAAUUGCACUCAGAAACGAUCAAACGGCGCUUCUUCUAAAAUCACUGUGACAUCCUCCGAUACUCAAGUUGUUAUUAAAUCGAAUAAAAGAGACCUAAUCGUUCAAGAAAUAACACCACGGAGUGACGACGCUUCCUAUUUGGACAAAAACAUCAGUGAUAAAGAAACUCCUAAUAUUGAUGAAUUAUUUUCGAAAAAGAAAUUGGGAAAGAAAAAACGCAAUAAAUCUAAAAUAAUUAAAUGUGAGUGUCCGGUAGAAGAAAACGAAAUAGCAUCGAAUUACAAAACGGACACGGUUACGCUUACGCAAUAUGAUCCAAAUAUAAAUAUUGCGGAAAAACCUCUCAAAAACGCUACCAGAACUAAUGUUAUCAGUAAAUCAGGUGUUUUAUAUAAAUCAACUGAAUUGAUGACACCUAUUGCGACUACAAACUCGUACGCAGCCAGGUCAAAAGAGACCAUAGUAUUGAGAAAGAGGAAAACAGACUCAGAGAUCGAUAUCAAAUGUGAGUGUCCGGCAGGAUCAAACGAAUCAAACAACCACUACAAACAGGACAUGAGCGUACAACACGAUCAAAAUAACAAAGAUGAAGAAACCAAACGUCUUGAAAACAGUACCACUACUCAAGUCACUAUUAAACCAGAUUUUACAAAUAAAUCAACUGGAGCGAUAAGUCCAAAGCAUGAAGACCGCCCGAAGCAUAUUGUUUGCAAAUGUCCCAUGCCCUUUGCUGAUGAAGCUGCGCAGACCUCAGAUUAUGCAAUAACGCCGGGACGUGUUACAAGCGGCCUGCCUCUGUUUCUGCGAGUUGUGUCAACAAGGUAGUCAAAAAUAAUUAUAGAUACAAGUAAAGCCUGACCAGUUAUAUAUUAUCACGCGCCAUAUUGCGGAAUUUCAUUGGAACUAAAUUUUUCAUACUAAUCUGAACUAUCACCCUAUACAUGAGAAUAACAGCGCCCUCUUGACAAUGAUCAUAUAUUUCUGAUCGGGCUUUAGAGAACUUAUAUGAAUACCUACCUGUUUUCAAUAUUAAAAAGACUCCAAUCAA